AUGCUAAAUUUAAAAGAAAGUCAAGAUUGGAAAAAAGGGAAAAAGCUUGAUUCAGCAACAUUGAUACAAUUGAUUUGCUUUUUUUUGUUAUUGGUGAAUCAUAAUUUAAAUGGAAUGACACAAUAUUCAGAAGCAAGCAUAUUUUAGGCUGAUUAGUUUCGAAUACCUGAAGAACACUCGUUUGUAGAUGAAUACUUUAAUUUCGGAGACACUAAUAACUUCGCAUUUUCUGAUAUUGAUUUUGAGAUGAACAAAUUGAUACCUAUUGAAUUCCCCUUUAUCGAUAAUAUGGACAUCGAGGAUUAAUUUACUACAGGGUAGCAAUAAACAUUACAAUUCAAACCAAUAUCAAUGUAGUAAUAAUAUGACAUUUUAUUCGAAUUUAAGAGUUCAAUCAAAACUAAAGUGAUUGGAGGAUCUGAUUUGUUUUCUAAAGUAUUGGAUUAUGCCAAUAAAUUGCAAUUGAACAAAUUUAAGUCAAUCCCUAAAAUUAAUGAUAAAAACUAAAAAAAAAUCAACCACUCUACAAGAAUUAAAGGAAAUAAACCGCAUAAAUUUAUGAUCUCUAAAUUAGAAUCAUGGGAUGUCCAUCUAAAAUCCAUUCGAACACAUUUUAUGUAAAAGAUCUUUAAUAAACUCUGGAAAGUACCUACUCAAUAGAUCCUUAAAGCUCAUUGCUUCUAAGGUAAAAGUAGUUAAUAAAAUAAAAUUCAAAUAAUAGCAUAUCUAUAAAAUGAGAUUGAACAAAUUGAAAAACAAUAUUCUGAUUUCUAACUCAAAUAAGAAAUUUACUAAAAUAUAAUCCAAAGAAUGAUUUUUUGCUUAGAUUUAGCAACUUAAUUAAAUAAUCAAGCAGACGAUCUUAUUUUUGAUAUCCUUUUUAAAGGAUUUAUAGCAGAAUUAUUUCAUUAUUGA